AUUAAGAAAAUUCACAACGUUGCCGUAAAUUGUGGAGGAGAAAAUGUAGUGGAUCGGAGGUGGAAGCUGCGGAAGGAUAUCAACUGAGGAACUGGCUAGACACAUCCCAAAGAUGAAGAGUAUUUUAAAGAGAGGAUGAGGCAACUGUGGCUGACAAAGGAAGUCAGACACUGCAUAAAAACAAGAGACUCGUCUGAUUCUUCUAUUUUCCUUCCAUCAAUCAUGGCUUGGUAUUGGACUGAAUGCUGUCCAUCUUAUGCUCUCUGAAGAAGACACUGACCAUGCACAGCCUUGCUGGAGAACGACCAACAGGGCAAGAUGCUGAUCCCUGUUCUCGCCCCCUUUCUCAAGCCCGAGUUUACUUGGAGCAGAUUCGGAGCCGGGUCUCCCCCAGCCUCCAGGAGGGUCAGCAGCCUGCCAGAAAUACAGCCUGCAAACGAGACUACUUGGUUGAUGCAGCAAAGCAGAUCCGCUUGGCACUGGACAGGGAGGUUAAUGAGGAUUAUGAAGCUGCAUUUAACUAUUACAAGAAUGGAGUUGACCUGCUCUUGAAGGGUGUGCAAGUUGAUCCAAACAAAGAGCGUCGUGAAGCUGUGAAACGAAAAACGACCCAGUAUUUGAAAAGAGCUGAGGAAAUAUUCGACUCUCACUUACAGGGAAGCUUAGGAAACGGUACCGACGAUUCUGGGGGUUUCAGCAGCCUGAGGUUUCGGCCAAAUAGAAUUCUCAGUUCCCCAGUAGAGGAUUUAAAAAUGUCGAAGGUCAUUGCAAUCAUUGACAAGGUGCUGUUAGUGCAGAAUCCAUCCACAAAGGAGCCUUUCAUAGUUAAAAGCCUGCCUAAAUGUAGCCUGAUAAAUCGCGAGCGGCAAACAAUAAUACCACAGGGUGUUCCAUUCAUGGUUCGACUCUUGCAGUAUUACGUCAGUGACGAUGCAGUCUUUCUUCACCUAGAACACGUACCUGGUGGGAAACUCUGGUCUCAGCUGCGUCAUUACCGGCCAGCCGUCACGGGAAAAGGGAUGGAAUUCCCGGAAUGCUCCAGUCCACAUCACAAGACCAUUAAACUAAAGAACAGCUACACUGCACCCUCUCUCGCACUAACGUGUAACAAUGCUUCCACGCUUGCACCGGUCAGCAAAGGGUGCUGGCAAAGAGAAGACAAGAAUAAAAUGUGCAAAGAAUUCACCAGGGAGUACAGUUACAACACUGAUGGAUUCGGAAACACACAGACAAGGACUGAUCUGGGUGUAAGUGACAAGCCACCUUGUCACAUGAAUGGUGCAAAUCAACAAAAUGCACAGAAUGAGUGUGCAAACAGGACAAGGAUUUGGCAGGGAAAUAACAAAGUUUUGAAAACUAGCCCAUCACAAAUUGGCUUGAAGCAAAGUCCUGAGAGGAUAAAUUUGCAGGCUGCAAAUCUGGAACACAGUGCCGAUGUAACCUUUGACCUUGCAUUCCUUUCAGAAGAGGGCAGAGACUUAACUCAAAGUAAUAAAAUUUUGAAUCACACUAUGAGCAGCAGUGUGGACAGUUUGAUGCAAAAAGAUCUGCGGCAUGGAAAGAUUCAGCUUCACUCACAGGGUGAAGUUUUACACUCCCCUGAUCAUUUUUCAGAGACCAAAGACUCCAAUAAGUCACUAAGCCCAAAGUCAUCAAGAACUUACCAAAACCAAGCCACUCCAGAUUUGUUGAAAGGAAAGUUCUCAUUGGUUAAUGAGAAAUCUCAACACGGAUCUAGCCCAAUUAGAAGUCCUGUUAGAGCCACCAGUUUGAAUUUGAAGGCUGGCACAAGACAAGGAAGGAGGGGUUCCUACCAAAUAACAAUCAAUCCUCUGGAUACAAUUGAUAGUAAAGUUAGUAGUGUAAUGGAUAGCUCCAACCUGGUCAUUAUAGGGUCAUCAGCUGUCUUGCCUGCAAGGAAUACAACUGUCACUGUCUUGGAGAAAGGGCAGUCAGAGCAGAAGACUUCAGUCAGUGUACUCAGCUCUGUACAGCAAAGUAAUGGGCAUCUGUCAUCACUAAGUGUAAUUGAAUCUCCAUUAAAAUUAUUAUCAUUGAAAGACAAAACACCUGAAGAAAUGCUGAACUACAAAGAUAAGAGUUCUGCAAAUCUAGAUUAUCAACUUAAACUUCCAGACCAGUUUCCGGUCUCUGAAACCUGCUGUGAUCAUGUGGAUCACAGUUCCAGAAUAGUUGCAGGCAAAGGCACAUUUUGCAGAGUUGACAGUGUAAGAUCCUUGAAUAGGACAUUAGACUCCUCAGCUCCUUCCAAAACAGAAGGCCAUUUCUUAUCCCCUCCAUCAAUCCAUCCAAAUGCUGAACAGUCCAUCUCAGGCCUGUCAGAGGAUCAGAUCAGAAUCUGGGUGGCUGAGAUAGUUCUUGCCUUAGAGAGUCUACAUCAGCAAGGAAUUAUCUGUCAGGAUCUAAACCCUAGAAAUAUACUUGUGGACAAUGCAGGCCACAUUUGCCUCACCUAUUUUGGCCAGUGGAGUGAAGUUGAAGUUCAAUGUUACACAAGAGCCAUAGAGGACAUGUAUUGUGCACCAGAAGUUGGUGGGGUUGGAGAAGUAACAGAGGCCUGUGACUGGUGGAGUCUUGGCGCAUUGUUAUUCGAGCUUCUAACUGGGAUGACCCUGUCCCAGUGCUAUCCGUCCAGAAUCCAUCCUCAUACCCAGCUUCGGCUCCCAGAGUAUCUCAGUUCUGCAGCUGUGUCACUUCUGCAACAGUUGUUGCAGUGGGAUUAUCGCUGCCGGCUUGGCUCCGGGGAGAAUGGAGCACAUGAGAUAAAAUCUCAUUCCUUUUUUAGCUCUGUACACUGGAAUAAAUUAAAUGGAUAUAGAUGAGUAACAUAACUGAACAAUGAAUAGCUCAGGGGCAGAGUGCUCUGAGCAGAUUUGGAACUUGUGUACCAGUACUGAGCCAGCAAACAAUUAGAGCUACCAUGAGCAAAGGUUAUCAGCAGAAUUCAGUCCGUUACCACUCUGACUGGGUUAAAAUGAGUUGAACUUCACUAGAAACGAUUAUUAGUCCUGUUAAAUAAGCAAUGUGCUGGACUUGAGAUAGUGUUCAGCAAGUUAACAGGCAGACAUCUUUCUAGUGUGGCAUACUUGUGAUUAGUGAUUAAUCUUUCACUAGCCAGGCAGCUCUUUGUUAUUCACUAGUGAAUUAUUUAGUCCUUACCUGACUUCCAUCUCCUUGUCCAUAUAUCCCUGACAUCAUUCCUCAGAACUCCAGUCAAUACUCAAAUGUUCUCAUCCAGCCAUUCCCUAGUGGUCAAGUCUGGUAUUUCUCCUGGGUCUACCAUUCCCCAGUGCUUACAAAGCUGUAUGUUCCGAAUUAUUUUCCUUCCCUUCCCUUCCAGGGUUACUGCUGAGAAAAUGGAAGAUAAAUCACACUCCACCUAGUAUCUGUUGAAUUCUUGUAUCAUAAAUGCUUGAUAACUGCCAUGGAGUCAUGGCAUGGAAAGAAAAGUAUUCAGUCCAUGCUGAUCAGUGGACACCCAUAUAUCAAUCCCAUCUUUCAGCUCUGGGUCCACAGUCUUCUAUGCCUAGAAGGUUCAAGUACUUGUUUAUUUGGAUGUUUUUAAAAUGCUGUCAGUAACAUUGUUUCCACUACUCUCUCAGGCCACUUGCCACUUUUGAUUAAUUCCACCCCCCACCUUAGUUUUAUCUACCUCUAAUACUGGGAAUAGUUUCCUCUAAUCCCCCUAUCUCUACCCCUCUUAUUAUAUACCUCAAUCAUAUCUCCUCUUAACUGCCUUCACUCCAGGGAAAACUGACCUAGUCUCUGACCUAGGUGCAGUUUCUCUUCAUAACUGAAACUCUCCAUUCUCAGAAUCCUCUCCAGUCCUAUCACACCUCCUCUAUAGCGUGGUGACUAGAAUGGCAAGCUAAAUAGCAAGUUUAAAAAUGGCAAGUUUAAAAAGUUGGAGCAUAACCUUUUAUGUUUUUUAAAUUUUUUAAUACACAGUGCAGAACAGGCCUUCUGGCCCUUUAAUCUGUGCCAUCCAGCAAACUCCGCUUUAACCCUAGCCUAAUCACAGGGCAAUUUACAAUGACCAAUUGACUGAACAUCUUUGGAAUGUGGGAGGAAACUGAAGCACGCAGAGGAAACCCACACGGCCCAGGGAGAACGUACAAACACCUUACAGGCAGUGGUGGGAACCUGCCUGCUCUUUUAUUCAUUGCAAUUCACAUGCACUCCCAAAUUUAUUCCAUCUGCCAUGGAUAUUUGUGUUUUGGUCCCUUGUUUAUAAUAGCCAUUAGUUUGAGAAAAGAAAGAUGAUCUUCUCUAUCAAAAAAAAGUUUCAUAUUCUAAGGCCUUUUGUCAAAAGGAAUUGCACACGAGUUUUGUCUGCUCAGAGGCUUCUGGGAGUGUGAAAUCUUGUCUAGGGUACCUUAUGUUUCCCUCCUGUUACGCUUGGAAGAGAUAGGAGGGACAACUUGGCAUCAGGCGUUGAUGCUGACAGUGAUGGGUAGAGACUCACAGGUUCCAUGUUCCCACUACAUCACACUGCUGGCAAGCUGUUUCUUUCUAAAUUCACUUGAGCCUUGUUAAACUACUUGAAUUAUGUGCAAAUGGAUGAAGAGUUCUACUGUUACUGCUAUUAGUGGCAUGAUCAUAGGUCUGUGUUUGUACUUUUUUACUCCUUGCAAGACUUGCUUGCCCAGCUAUUCAAACAGUUAUCAAUAUACAUAUCUGUACUGGUUUUCCAUAACUUUCACAUUGACCCUCUUUGACACUCAUUGACACUCCUGCAAGCAGCUAGUAUGUAGGAUUUUAUUUUAGCAAGUUCUGCCAGGCAGCAUUGAACAAAAAGUUUUAAAGUCAUUUCUCUAGCUUGUUUCACACAGUACAUUCCAAAUGAAGACCGAUGAUCAUCCCUAUACUGAAAACUAAAACUUGUUGAUUCCUGUAAGUUUGCUGUGUGCACUGGAUGCAAUUUAUUGAGUUUUGUGUAUCCUGAGUCCCAAUGUCUGCCUCUAUUGUAUGCAAUGAUCCUCUUAAUGGCUAGUAAAAUAUAGUACAUGUCUUUAUGUCCUUCCCAGAAGCCUGUUGUGACAAUGCUUGCUACAGUGAUUUACUGGUUUCUGUCAAAAUAUGUAUGGCUCAGUCUCAGUAUACAUCUAAUUUAUUUUUAAUUUUCACAGUGGUCAAGGAACUGGGGCAGGGGUACUUAAAAAAAAAAAGGUGCAACAGUGGCAUACAAGUAAAUAGUGAUGGAUCUCUGAUUAAAAAUCAGUCUACCUACCUCCAGCUGAGUGCAAACGUUACCUGAGGUUACUCUACCUUCCAACCUGCCACUUUUUAUAUUACGACAGAAUGUUAUUCAAAAGUUUUGAUGUCUAGAGUAACAGAUGUGCUAAUUAUGUGACUGUAAUUCAUUUUUCUGUGCCCCAAGUUUGGUAAGUUAUCCCAUUAAGAUCUCAGAAGCUAAUAACUUUUGCUGAGGAUGGCCACUUGUAAAUUGGCAGAAAGAAACCAACAGGUAUUCUUAUUUUAUAUUUUUGUAAAAUGCUAUUUGUCUCUAACUUGAUGUGAUUGGCUGCUAUUUUAUGAAUUGUACAUGUAGCCAAUCAGCUGCAAGCAUGAUAUACAUUUCCAAUUUUAGCAUUUUGACUAAUGCAUGUGAGAUACAUAAAUAUAUUUAACUUUUAUCCCAUAAAAUAUUUUUCUUCAUAGUUUUUUUUAAACAUUAUUGAUUUCUUAUUGUGGCAUAGUUAUGCAGGGGAAUGGCAGUUACUCAUUGGGAGCCUGACUGAGUACCAGGGGACUCUGAAAGCCAUUACAGGCAGUCCCCGGGUUACGAACGAGUUCCGUUCCCGAGUCCAUCUUUAAGUCGGAUUUGUACGCAAGUCGGAACAAA